GCUUUUUAAGGCAGGAAAUGGCUCGGCCCAACGGGUAACUGCUUCCUCCUUCAAGUGGCCCGUCUUUUCUGGAGAUUUUUUUUUGGCCGCCGCUGCGCGAGAGGCGUCGAGGAGUCAGCCACCGCGCGCGCUGAGGCGUCUUCAGGCGGGGACCCAAGAUGUCGGUGGCGUUUGCGGCCCCUCGGCAGCGGGGCAAAGGCGAGAUAACGCCGGCUGCUAUCCAGAAGAUGUUGGAUGAAAAUAAUCACCUGAUUCAGUGUAUAAUGGACUACCAGAAUAAAGGGAAAACUUUGGAAUGCUCUCAGUACCAGCAGUUGUUGCAUACAAAUCUGGUCUACUUAGCCACAAUAGCUGACUCCAAUCAAAACAUGCAAUCUAUACUGCCACCACCACCCACACAGAAUAUGCCAAUGGGUCCUGGAGGAAUGAAUCAGAGUGGCCCUCCCCCACCUCCACGUACUCACAAUAUGAGUUCAGAUGGUAUGGUAGGUGGGGGCCCUUCUGCUCCACACAUGCAGAACCAGAUGAACGGACAGAUGCCUGGACCUAACCAUAUGCCCAUACAGGGACCUGGACCAAGCCAACUUAGCAUGACAAACAACUCCAUGAGUAUACCUUCAAAUAAUCAUGGGUCAAUGGGGGCCUAUAAUCAUUCAGUGCCAUCUUCACAAAGUAUACCUGGACAGAGUCAGAUGACAAUAAGCCAAGGACAACCUAUGACCAGCUAUGGUCCCAGACCAAAUAUAAAUAUAAAUCAAGGUCCAAUGAUGCACCAGCAACCUCCAUCUCAACAGUACAAUAUACCCCAGGGAGGGGCACAACAUUAUCAGGGACAACAGCCACCAAUGGGAAUGAUAAGCCAAGUUAAUCAAGGAAACCAUAUGAUGGGACAGAGGCAGAUUCCUCCAUAUAGACCACCACAGCAAGGCCCACCACAGCAGUACUCAGGCCAGGAAGACUAUUAUGGGGACCAAUACAGUCAUGGUGGACAGGGUCCUCCAGAAGGCAUGAACCAGCAAUAUUACCCUGAUGGUCAUAGUGAUUACGGUUAUCAGCAACCGUCGUAUCCUGAACAAGGCUACGAUAGGCCUUAUGAGGAUUCCUCACAACAUUACUACGAAGGAGGUAACGCUCAGUAUGGCCAACAGCAAGAUGCAUACCAAGCCCCACCUCAACAACCAGGCUAUCAACAGCAACAAUACCCAGGUCAGCAGGGUUAUCCUGGACAACAGCAAGGUUAUGGUCCUUCCCAAAGUGCUCCAGGACCUCAGUAUUCCAAUUAUCCUCAAGGACAAGGUCAACAAUAUGGAGGAUAUAGACCUACGCAGCCUGGCCCUCCCCAGCCUCCUCAACAAAGGCCUUAUGGAUAUGACCAGAGCUGCUUGGCCCAAGAGCGGCAGUCGGCUUGCUUCUUCUCUUCAGUGAAGAGAGAAAGACAUGUGGAGGCUGAUGAACCGCCACUGCUGCACUCAACUGGGAACAGCCCAUAGGGCAAGAAGGGGGGGCAGUAUGGAAAUUACCAGCAGUGAAAACAUAAUUUUAAUAAGCAGUAUCUGUUAGCAGCCUCAUCGUCUCUUUGGCAUUGUCAACAUCUUUUGAAGAAAAUCUUCAAUUGCUUCUAAUUUUAGAAAGAAAAUGACAACCUCGCCUUGUUAAUAAAUGGCUGUAUUGGAGUAUAUUGCCUAUCUAGGUUAGCUUUUCUCAGCUAAUUAUAAACAAAUGUAAUUAUCCUUAUGGAAAAAUAUACAUCUGUACUCUAGAUGGCAAUAUUGGACAGAAAAUACACUCACAAACAAUUUGCAAUGAGCAUAGAACUGUAUAUCAAACAGUUGCAGACUGAAGUAUGUGAGCAGUACUGUAUGUUUAUGAAGGUUAAGGGAAUUUAGUAUUUUUCCAGAGAUUUUUUUGUAAGAGUAAAGGGAAAAUUUUUACAGCAGCAAUAUUUUAUAUAUUAUGUUUUUUUCAUGUGGAAUAUGCAAGGUAGUACACUACAAACUGGUAAGGUCGGAAACCCAAGUAGAGGAGAAAUACAAACUGCGAUAUGAGGAAUUUGUGGGUGUGUAUGCUGGCCUCAGUGUCGGAUGAGAAGCCAACCAUGUUUUUGACAGAUCCUGAUAUGAAGACUCUGUAUCCCAACUACUGAAAUGAUGGAAUUAUCAUGGAACAUAUUACCCGUCAUAUAAAGUAAUUUUAAUUUACUUGGUGGAAACCUGUAAAAUGGUUGUACCAUGGCAGUUCAUUUUACCUUUUCUUCCAGUAAGACAAAACAAUAUGAAUUUUUAAUGGCCUUGUAAUGGUUUCAAAUAAAUAAGAACUGUGAUCUUUUUUUGAUUGCAGUAGCAAUGACUUUGAAAAAGUAUUCAUUUAGCCUGACUUAAAUUUACAAAGUAUUUAUAAAAUUAUAGAUAGGUUAACAUGUAUUUUAUUUCACAAGUAUAUUUAACUUGUAGUACAAUAAUUACUAUGUAACAAAGAUAGUAUAGCAGCUUUUGUAAAACUUGUCUAAACUUUCUCAUUCAAGAGUUGAAUAUCUUUAAGAGAGAAUACAAUUGUGUAUAUGUCCAUGUUUGUAUUGGUUAUUAUGAGACCAAAAGUAAAAUUUAAUUUUUUUUAAAAUGUCAGUUUCCUGAUAAACUAUAAAUUCUGAACAAUCCCACAUUAGAGAAAUUUGCCAUCCAGAGCAAACAGAUUCAUCAGGGAAACCCUCCUAUUCUAUUUGAGGCGCAUUACUGAAUUUUGUGUUGCAGAAGCAUACCUAUAUUCAGACAGAUAUUUGAAAAUUUGCUAAUAAAAUCAGUUGUGUAUUGGUAUAUUUUGAUAGGAAAAUAGCAGGAAGUACCUGAAUUAAGACAUAAAAAUACAUUCCUCCAUAAUCCUAAAUAGAAUAGAAUAACAUGCUUAUAGAUUCAGUGCCAAUUUCCCACCACUGUGUACUUCAUUGCUGUUUAAAAUUGUAUUGCAUCAAUUCUUAACAGAAGAAUAAAUUAUUUGUGAUUUAAUAUCCUAA